UCCCACAGGAGAAGAAGAAGCAAGCAGGAGGAAUUACUCCAGGAGAAACUACGGACAUACUAUUGUAAAGAUGGAGAUUAAGGAAGAACCCUGCAGAAUAAAAGAUGAAGAAACAGAGGAACAAAUAGACCCGAUGGAAGUGAAUAAAGACAAACAACAUGAGUUUCAAAAACCUCAGCAUUUCAAAAAUGAAGAUGGAAACACAGUCAUUCAACAGACCGAAAAGUGUUUCACACAAAAACGAGCUCGAAAAACUGGACAAGGAUCUUUCACCUGCUCUGAGUGUGGAAAGACUUGCACACAAAAAUCAGGCCUUGAGAAACACAUGAGAAUUCACACUGGAGAAAAGCCUUAUACAUGCUCUCAGUGUGGAAAGAGUUUCAGUCGUAAAUGCGUUCUCAAUGAUCAUCUGCGCCGUCACUCUGGAGUGAGAUCAUUCAGCUGUGAUCAGUGUGAUAAAACAUUUGUUUUUGAAUCAAGCUUAAGAAAACACCUUAAAGUUCAUACUGGUGUGAAGCCUCACUUUUGUUCUCUAUGUGGAAAGAGUUUUUCACGACUACAAACUUUAAAAGGGCAUGAGCGUAUUCAUACUGGUGUGAAACCUUAUGUGUGCUCUGACUGUGGAAAGAGCUUCAUUUCAUCCAGCAACUUAAAAACACACCAGAGAGUUCAUACUGGCGAGAAACCGUACAAGUGUUCACACUGUGGAAAGAGUUUUGCUUUUUUAGGAAACCUGAAAGGUCAUGAGAGAGUUCAUACUGGAGAGAAGCCGUACCAGUGCUCUUCAUGUGGGAAGAGUUUCACUGAAUCAUCUAAUCUACGGUAUCAUGAGAAAAAGCAUUGCCUGAAGUCGUCUAAGUGAGCAAAGUUCACCUUCACGUCCAUGAUUUACAAAUAUUUUACUUACAAAUAAAUUGACAUUCAUAUUGUUUUAAUAGAGUGAUUAAAUCUACGGGUUAAAUUAGUAGUGAAGUUUAAAUCUGGUGAUAGUUUGGUGUUUCCCUUCUUUUCUCAGCCACUGUAACAUGAUUUAUAAUAAAAUGAUUCAACUUUACUAAACUUCAAACACU